GUGAAUAUAUUCCAGUGUUAUUGCCAGUGUAUUAUCACACACAUACGAGAAAGCACGUUCAUUUAGUGGAGAUAACAAUAUUAUAAUGUUCCUACGCCAGUUUAUAUUGUUUGCUACUGUUUUAGUUAUUACGAAUUCUCAGGAUAUUGAAAUUCUCUCCAAUGCAUUAGAUAGUGUGAAUACGCCGAUAAAAGUCAUCGAGGCUGAUUUCAUUUUUAUUAAAGAAAAGAUUACAGUGCAAGUAAACGUACCAUCAUUGAAAUUGUACUACGAAAGCUUAUGUCCCGACUGCAUUGAGUUCGAUUCGACACAGUUCAAAAAUGUAGUUGAAUUGUUGCAUCAGUAUGUGGACAUUCACACGUAUCCUUAUGGGAAUGCUAGGACAGUGAAACAUGGCAACAAUACUGUAGUAAUUUGCCAGCAUGGGCCGGAAGAGUGCUAUGGGAACAAGCUACACGCAUGCGCGCUGGACAUCAUAGCUAACGGCACCGAGGCGCUGCUCUUUAACGCCUGCAUGAUGGCCCAGCGCAGUAAUGAUACUAGCGCAGACAAUUGUGGAGAACGCAUGAACAUCAAAGUGGACUCAAUCAAGGAAUGUGCUAAGAGCCAAAAAGGCACCGAUCUUCUGGUGCAUUACGGGGAAGAGAGCAAGAAAGUCGGUUUCGGAUACGUCCCUUAUGUCCUUCUCAAUGGCGUCGAGUGGCAAGGAAAUAACCUCUUGAGUGACUUGUGUGCGACUUUCAAAAACCCGCCAGAACCUUGCAGAUCAAAGUAGGAUNAAUAGGCUGUAAGAUAGAGCUGUUCAUUUGAAAUGUCUCCGCCAUCCGAACAAAUUUUAUCAUUAGUAAUGAAUAUAAUGACCAAUCUAUAAGUUAA